CCGAGAUUGGCACUCGUGUCAGACUUCUCUUAGAGGUUAGAACGGAGAUUACGUUACGAGAGUGUGCUAAUAUGGCCGAUAAUACAGAGCAAGAAGGUAAGAAAAGUAGUUUUCAAACAAGGUUAUAUCCUAUUAUUGCCCUAUAUUCGUUGUAAAUUCUACGCUAUUUCGAAUGUCUGGCGCUCAUGUCGUACGCAAGCGUAGGUAUAUUCUUUCCUUUUAAAAUUGUUUGACAUUACUUUAUAUUGUUAAUAAAUAUACUUAUGAAUAUACUAGCUCUCCUUAUUUCGAUUAUUAUUAUUCGUUUCAUCGAAAACAGUGUUUAUACACCUUGACAUGUAAAUAUAUUCUUAAAAAGGGGAAUAUCUCGACGAACAAAUGGAAAUCAACCUCGAUGAACAAAUGGAAAUCAAAGUGGAACCGACGCUGCAGGGGUAUGUUGAAGAGGAACACGAGAACGAUUUCCCCGGUUCUGAUAGUAACAACUUAAUUCCUUCUAGUGCUGAUGUCGGUACUUUAAAUUUAUGGACCAGCAAAGCAACAGCGUGUCUUAUUAACCAAUAUAAAAAAUAUCAUUCGAUGGUAGGGCAAUCAACUCAGAUUCGAAGUUUACGUGGAAUGUUCGAGACGAUUUCUCUCGAAAUGCAAAAACAUGGCUUUUAUUUUAGUCCACAAAAAUGUGAAAACAAAUGGCGUGUCCUCGAACGGAAGUACAAGAAUCUGGUGUCCCGAGAGCUAUUGAAAAAGCCCGGCAGGGUGAGGCAUUAUGGACAAUGGGAGCACAAAAGGGCAUUAGACGAGAUUUUUAAGGAAAAGAAAAGGCAUAUGUAUUUCCAAAAAAAUGAUUUUCCAUCGCAAGCUAGUCGUGCAAGAUACAUGUUUAUUUUACCGAAACCAAUAAACGAGGAACAGAGCAAUGUUACUGUCGUCAAUCAGCAACAAGAGAUCCCUCUUGCGGCGCCAUCUUCGAACUCUUUCACAAACAAGAGUGAAUUAAUGGAUCAAAAGGAAAGUCCAACAACGCUUUUCAAUAAAUUCCUCGAAGAGAUAGCAAAGCAUUUUGCAAUUGCGGAGAAGAAUAAAGAAAAGAGGCAUAAAGAAGAAAUGGCAAUGCGACAGAGUGAGUUAGAAAUCCAGAAAAGGCUGUUGAAAUUGAAAGAGCAAAAAAUAGAGUUGCAGAAACGUCAAAUCAUUGCCGCUGCUCAGCACCUACAUUUAAACAUGUAGCAAAAGCAAUUGGUAACUUCUUGCUAAUGAAUCGUGUAGCAAAUGAAUUAUUGAAAAAGUUUAAUUUAAAAACGAGUGAUUUGAAGUUUGACAGUUGUAAACAGCAUUAAAGUUUGCAAUUUUCAUUCAUUGUUUCUAUGUAAAAUAAUUUGUACCAACAGAGUACAGAAUGACAUAAACAAUGUAAUUAUAUCUACUUUCCAAUAUGUACAAUUUCGUAGAUGCGUUACGUCGCGAUUGCUUACUAGUUGCGUGAAACAACCUUCAGAUGGUAGCACCUUCCAUCUUGUCAGUUCCAUGGCUGUGUGUCAUUAGAUAAUCGAUCUAUGUCGAGUUCUG